AUGGUGCGACUGCAGGAUAUCGCUCCAAUCCAUGAAUUUUGCUCGCAACUUGUGCUACACAUUUUUAAUGAAAUUGAUAUUGACGAUCUUAAACUAGAUACCUUGAACACUUUAGAGAUUCCGUACGGAGACACUUUUCCUUCAAGAUCAUCCACCGCCUCACCUUUAUCUGCGUGUUAUGAAAUACUUCGCGCUGACAGCGAUGCUUCUGCAUCUUACAGCAGCACCUAUUCAUCAUUUGACUACCCAUCUGAGCCAGAGCCGACUCUAGAUUAUGUCGAUUCAUACGAGGUUGACUACAAAAUUCCUGAUAUUUCUACUUUGCAAGCCGCUCCAUUCAAUGCAGAAGCUAUCUCUACACUUGCUGAUCAACGCGAAGCGUAUCACGUAGUGCCGGACCUUUCUUGGCUGGAAACGUUGGUCGCAACUGAUGUCGACGAUAAGGAAUCUGAACGACUAGAGAGUCGGCAAAAAGAAGCGAAGAAACGCGACUCAUGGAGCACAGAUUUGGAAGAACUUCGUGAAGGUAUUGAACAGGUCAUAAGAUAUGAACCUGAACAACUGGACGACUCCUCGUUGAAUCCUGCUUCUCAAAAACUGUCUUCUUUCAUCGACUCGACAUCAACUGUGGUCGGCUACACUUCCGUAGUAAACUACGAUGAGGAAGUCAAGGUUAGCAAGUCACAAUGA